AUGAGCAACGAAUAUACAAAUAAAGAAAAGCUUGAUGUUAUGGACGAUACCAUUGAGGUACGUUCCAUGUGUAUAAAUUGUGAGAAGGAGGGACUAAACAAGAUUGUAAAAAUAAAUAUUCCUUAUUUUAAGAAUGUUCUAAUACAUUCAUUUGAAUGUGAGUUUUGUAAUUAUAAAAAUAAUGUCAUACAAGAUUUGAAUCAAAUAAAAGAUAAAGGGGUAAAAAUAAGUAUGAAAAUAAAUAAUAAAGAAUUAUUGGAUAGGCAAUUGAUUAAAUCAGAAUAUGGUGUUUUAAAAAUACCUGAGAUAGAUUUUGAAAUACCAAAAGAAACCCAAAAAGGUUCCAUUAAUACUAUCGAAGGGUUUUUACAUACAGCUUUAAAUAACCUAACAAUAUAUUUGAAAGAAAUAAAAAAUAUGUAUAAUGAGGCAAACACAAUUACGGCAAAUGAAGCAAAUGAAACAAAUGAAGCAAAUGAAGCAAAUAAAUCAAAUUUAACAAAUGAAGCAAAUAAAUCAAAUGUAACAAAUUUAACAAAUGAAGCAAAUAAAUCAAAUGUAACAAAUUUAACAAAUUUAACAAAUUUAACAAAUAAAUCAAAUGAUUUUAAAUUAAAUUCAGGGGAGAAUCCUGAACAAAAGGAUAACAUAGUAUCAUCAAUAGAUGAAGAAAAAAAUAAUAAUAAUGAUGAAAAUCAUAAUGAAAAUAAUUUAGGAGCUAAUACAAAUGGAACAUGUCAACAAAUUACUAUAGAAAAUUAUAUUAAAAUGAUUGAAAACACUGUUCAAAAUUUAAGCAAAUUUGUUAUAUUAAAGGAAUUCCCUUUUACUAUUCAAAUAAUUGAUCCCUCAGGAUUAAGUUCACUAGAACAUUAUGAAGAUGAUUUAAAAUAUAAGAUAGUUCAUAUUGAAUAUUAUAAUAGAACUAAAGAGGAAUUAAAUGAACUUGGUUUUUAUGAAGAAUAUUUUGAAGAAAAUGAAAAAACAAAUGAUAUUAAUUCAAAUAUGAUCGGAACAAAUACAAAUGAACAACAAAAUAUAAAAAAAGAAAAUUUCGAUUUUAUAAAAAAAUAUAUUCAUAUGAAUGAUAAUAAUAAUAAUAAUAUACAUGGAAGUAAUAAUAAUACAAAUACUACCAUGAAAUAUAAAACCUUAAGUAAUGAAGAAGAAGCAAAAUUAAUUGAAUCAUUUGCUUCAAAUUGUCCAUGUUGUAAUCAUAUGGGUAUGAAUAAUUUUUGUGAAAUUAAUAUACCUGGAUUUAAGAAAUGUUUAAUACUUUCUUUUGUUUGUCCAAAUUGUAAUUUUAAAACAAGUGAAAUUAAAAGUAGUGGUGAAAUUAAUCCAAAGGGUAAAAAAAUUACCUUAACAGUUAAUAAUAAAAAUGAUUUGAAUAGAUUUGUAAUAAAAUCAGAAACAGCUUCUAUCAACAUUCCAGUAGUUGAACUAACAUCAGAUUAUGGUACUCUUGGUGGUACUUUAACUACGGUUGAAGGAUUAAUUAUGAAAAUUAUUGAAUCUUUGGAGGAAAAAUUUAAAUUCUUAUUAGGAGAUUCAAAUAUAAAUACUCAUCAAUAUGAAAAUGAAAAUACACCUAAUGCAGUUAAUAAUAAUGUAGAUACUACGAGUUACAAAAUUAGGGAACUUAUUAAAAAAUUAUAUAAAUUGUGCAAAACCGAGGAAUUUUGUCCUUAUGAUUUAAUAAUUGAUGACAUUGCAUCCAAUAGUUAUAUUUCUAGUGAUGUAGUAGGAGAGGAUCAAAAUUUAAACGAAGAAGAAUAUGAAAGGACAUAUGAACAAAAUGAUAUGCUAGGUAUUACAUCCAUGCAGACAGAGAAUUAUUAA